AUGCCUGAGUUGAGCCAAUUGAAGGUAUCUCCGGCAAACACCCAUGCGGUAUCUCCGAAAGAUUUUGCCAACAAUGAUAAAGUGAAACUAUCUGGUCGUAUUCUUAAUGUGCUGACAACUUUGCCUACUCAAAUUGUGAGCAAUUACGACUCCAAAACCAAUAGCUAUUAUUGGGACGUCGACAUUGUUCACGGAAGUCUGGCUUUAUUUUCGUCACAAAGCUUUUUACAGCAACAUACGGAUUGGGAAACACAUGUUAUAGCUUGGACGGGUGAAUUGAAAAAUAAGGUGAAGAAUACUGUCAAUGUUACAGCUGAUAAUUUGGAAGACGAUCCGUUGUAUCUUGAUGACGAGGACAAGGGGGAGAUUGAAAAAAAGCUUCAAAAGGCAAUAGGAUCCGAAAAUAUUCAUCCUAUUUGGUUAUUAAGGCGUGAUCAGGAAAGAUGGAGGAAGUACGCUGAAAAUGUCAUUUGGCCAGUUUUCCAUUACUUUCUGGGAACUCCUUCUGAUGGAAAGGAGGAAAUUCAAGCAUGGCAUGAUUAUGUAAAGUUCAACGAGGCCUAUGCCAACAAGAUUAAACAAAUUUACAAACCAGGUGAUGUUAUUUGGAUUCAUGAUUACUAUUUGUUGUUGUUGCCCCAAUUACUACGUAUGGAAUUUCCAGAUGCUUAUAUUGGUCAUUUCUUACAUACACCAUUUCCAUCAUCUGAAUACUUUAGGUGUCUUUCUAAGAGAAGUCAGUUAUUAGAUGGCUUGCUUGGUGCGGAUAAGAUUGGCUUCCAAUCGGAAUCUUUCCAAAGGCACUUUGUUUCCUGUUGCGCAAGAGUCUUGGGUUGCGAAGUGACCAAGAAUCAGAUUUUUGCCUAUGGGACUACAAUUUCCGUAGAAACCUUACCUAUUGGUAUUGAUACAUUGAAAAUCGAACAGGACGCUUUUUCCAAAUCAAGCGGUAUAGAUCAAAAGGUUGAAGCUAUUCGAAAUUUGUAUAAAGGAAAGAAAAUCAUUGUUGGGAGAGAUCGAUUGGAUAGGGUAAGAGGUGUUGUUCAAAAACUUGAAGCUUUUCUGAUGUUUUUGGAAAUGUAUCCAGAAUGGAGAGAAAAUGUUGUCUUGAUUCAAGUCUCUACUCCAGGAUAUAGUCAUUCUGCAAAUGUGGAACAAAAAGCAACAGAGUUGAUAAACCAAAUCAAUUCCCAAUAUGGGACUUUGAACCAUACGCCAGUUUUGCAUUACCAGAUGAGAGUUCCAAAAGAGGAAUAUUUGGCGUUAUUGAGAGUUGCAGAUUUGUGUUUGAUUACCUCAGUGAGAGAUGGAAUGAAUACAACAGCUUUUGAAUUUGUCAUUUGUCAGAAGUACAAUAAUUCGCCAUUAAUUUUGUCAGAAUUUACAGGUACUGCAUCUGUAUUGAAUUCGGCGAUUUUGGUCAAUCCUUGGGACUCUGUUGGCGUAUCAAAAACUAUUAAUGAUGCAUUAUCAUUCAGUAACAACGAAAAGGAAGCUUUGGAAAGCACCCUCUACAAGAAGGUGGCCUCAAAUACAAUUCAAAAUUGGACGUCAACAUUCAUCCGUGAUAUAAUUGAUCAUUCCGUGGUUACUCAUUCGAGUCAUUACACGCCAGCUUUGAAUCGACCACUUUUGUUGAGAAAUUACAAUCACUCAAAAAGGAGGUUGUUUUUGUUUGAUUAUGAUGGAACAUUGACGCCAAUUGUGAAGGAUCCCGCAGCGGCUAUUCCAUCAGACAAAUUGAAUCGAGUGUUGGACAUUUUAGCCUCGGACCCAAAGAAUCAAAUUUGGAUUAUUUCUGGAAGGGACCAAGCAUUUCUAGAAAAAUGGAUGGGACAAAAACAUGUCGGAUUAUCAGCUGAACAUGGUUGCUUUAUUAAAGAUUUGGGAUCUAAAGAGUGGGUUAAUUUGGCCGAGGCAUAUGACAUGUCUUGGCAACCAAAGGUGGAAGAUGUGUUUAAAAAAUACACAAAACAAACACCGGGAUCUAAUAUUGAAAUCAAGAAAGUAGCAUUAACAUGGCACUAUAGAGGGGCUGACCCAGAAUUAGGAGCUUAUCAGGCACAGAAAUGUCUUGAUGAACUUAAUGAAACUAUAGCCACUGAAUAUGACGUUGAAGUAAUGUCUGGAAAGGCAAAUAUCGAAGUUAGGCCCAAGUUUUUGAACAAAGGUGAAAUUGUUAAAAGACUCGUCACCCAUCCACACGGCACGAAACAAUCACUUGAAGAUGAGUUGAAGGAAGAAGUACCUCAUGAAGAAUUGCCAGAUUUCGUUUUGUGUUUAGGUGAUGAUUUGACUGAUGAAGAUAUGUUCAAGUCCUUGCACAAGAUUGAAAAUCAAUGGAAAUUAGACAAUGCACCAAAGAACGAAUUUGGAACUUACGGAGUAUUUCCAGUUGCUGUGGGACCGGCUUCUAAAAAGACGGUAGCCACUGCACAUUUGACGGAACCAGCGCAGGUUCUUGAAACGUUAGGUUUGUUAGCAGGAACUGUGUCAUUAUUUGAGAGUGCUGGAUCUGUAGAUUUGGACGAUAGAGGGCAUGUUGCCAAUAGUGUUAGUUCGGUUAAGUCCAAAGAUGCUAUACUUCAAGCAUCGUUGAGGAAGAAAAGGAGUACUGAGCUAAACGGGGCAGCAACAGCUAAGUAG